AUGCCACCCAUUGAUCCACAAUAUGAGCAUUAUUUAAUAGCACGGCGAUCGGUCGAGGAAGCGCUAACACCUACGGAUGAUCAGCGAACCACACUUAUCAUUAUUGGUGCGUACACGGCGGGUAUCCUCGUUUUAUGGAACAUGCCGUUUAUAAAAUACAUUCUUGCCCCAUUCAAGCUAUUGACAGUAGGCCUACACGAGUUUUCACACGCUUUGAUCGGAUGCUUGACAUGCGCUCGUAUAGAGUACAUUAUUAUUGACGAGCAAGAAGGAGGACAAACCAUGAUGCAAGGUGGAAAUCCCUACUGUACCCUUCCUGCAGGCUAUCUUGGUUCCUCAGCCAUUGGUGCCAUAUUAGUCAUGUGCGGGUUCAAUUUGCUCGCUUCCAAAAUAGCAUCCAUUUUUCUUGGGGCAUGCCUUCUUUUGACAUUAUGGUGGGCAAAGAAUUGGCUUACACGGGGAAUCGGAGUCGCUUUCAUCGGCAUGAUAGUGUUUCUUUGGUGGCUAGUACAUGGCGUUGGACUCAAGUACUUUGUAUUGUUUAUCGGGGUCAUGUCAAGUCUCUAUUGCUUGUGGGAUAUUCUAGACGACCUUGUCUUUCGAAAAGCAUAUGAAUCGGAUGCAUCCAAAUUUGCAAAAUUGUGUGGUCUUUCAAGUCAAACAUGGGGAGUCAUUUGGUUCCUGAUUAGUCUCAUAUUCUUUGCGGGAGCUAUUCUUAUUGCAUUGGUGGCAUUCAAACAGGACAAAGAAACCCAACAAGAACAGGCAGCAGGCUUUGGAUGGUAA